AUGAGUGCUUUGCUUGAUACUGUCCUACGUCACCUGACAACAGGAUAUCAACCUAACUGCUUCUGCCUGUCAGCUAAACGCACAAUGUCCUAUUAUUUUGGCUUCGUGAAACUUCUCAUCUAUUUACCUAUCAUCUUACUUUCUCUCUCUCUCUCUCUCACUCUCUCUCUUUCUCUCUCCUUCCUUCAAUCUAUCCCUUUCUCUGGUGGCUGGGCAGAUGAAUCGAUAGCGGCUCGGAAUGACAAACCGGAGGGCCGAGUUCCAAUUGCAAAAUCAUUUUUCUUCUCCCUCACUCUCUUUUCAUCUAUCUAUCUAUCUAUCUAUCUAUCUAUCUCAGUAUAUAUUGGUUUGGUUUGGUUUGUUUUACGGCAUAUCAACCUUAAUGGGCUAUUCAAUGCCGAAAUUUUUUUAUUGUUGAUAAUAUCUAUCUAUCUAUCUAUCUAUCUAUCUAUCUAUCUAUCUGAGCAUAUAUUGAAAUCUAUAGCUGUUCAUAUUUUUAUUUUUUCAUUAUCAAACUGUUCAUAUCUAUCUAUCUAUCAAUCUAUCUAUCUAUCUAUCUAUCUAUCUAUCUAUCUAUCUAUCUAUCUAUCCUAG